AUGUCCUCGCUGGUGAAGGAGGACCUGGCGAAGAGGCUGUUCGGCCCCCGGCGGCAGCGGCUGCACGAGUUCAUCGAGGUGGAGGGCUCGGGCGCCCAGCGCUGCUACCUGUGCGCCGCAGUGACUAAAAGUAAAGAAGUAGAAAUAUAUAUGGUUAAACACUGGCGAGUGGAUCUAGAGGAGAAAUAUGAAAUAGUUGAAAAGUGGUUUUUGAAAGAUCUGAAGAUGAUUGAUGGAAAAGAAGCAGACACUGACAAUCCAUAUUUUGAUAUGCACUUCCACAAAGUCUACAAUCUGGAAGCAUACAGUUGUGCAUCUAAAUAUACCUUUGCUCGAACACUAAACAAACUGAAUGACAUGUACCUAAAGAAGGACCUGAAAAUUGUGAACUUUGAUGACACCUACCUAAAUGAUGAUUCAAUCUGGUCAUCCAACAAUAGGGAUUGCUUAGUACUCAUGAGGAUAUGCUUCUAUGCUUCCAACCUUUUAUGUCUCUCCCUGUGUCCUUUGUCCUAA